AUGGGUCCAAUAGUUCUCCUGGUGUUGGGUCUCUCCUGCUUGCUUCUCUUUUCCAUAUGGAGACAGAACUCUGGAAGAAGGAAGCUCCUUCCUGGCCCCACUCCUUUCCCAAUUAUUGGAAAUAUACUGCAGCUUGAUAAUAAGGACAUCACUCAAUCUUUAAUUAAUCUCUCCAAAGUGUAUGGUCCUAUGUUCACUCUGUAUUUGGGCAUGAAGCCCACUGUGGUGCUAUAUGGAUAUGAAGCAGUGAAGGAAGCUCUGAUUGGUCAUGGGAAGGACUUCUCUGGGAGAGGCUCAUUCCCAUUGGCUGAAAAAGUUCGUAAAGGUCUUGGAAUUGUUUUCAGCAAUGGACACAGAUGGAAAGAGAUGAGGCGCUUUACAAUCAUGACCUUGCAGAAUUUUGUGAUGGGGAAGAGGAACAUUGAAGAGCGUGUUCAAGGGGAAGCUUGCUGCCUUGUGGAGGAGUUGAGGAAAACCAAGGACUCACCCUGCGACCCUACCUUCAUCACGGGCGGUGCUCCUUGCAAUGUGAUCUGCUCCAUUAUUUUCCAAAAUCGUUUUGAUUCUAAAGAUUAG